CGAAAGGAGAAAGCUAGAAGAAACCCAUCUCGUCCUCGUUCGCCAUUUUUGUUCUCUUUCGAUCAAUAUAUUUCAAUCUCUUAAUUGCUAAGGGAUAAUGAUUCCCCACGCAUAGGCCUUCUGUUUUGUUUUCUCUCCAUGUAUGAUGAAGAAUAUGUGGCCAGGUAGGCCAUAGUGCUAGUGCAUGCACACGUUUGCAAGGAUAUGCUUGAUUUGCACGGCAUAUAUAUAUAUAUAGACCAAAGAAGGAACAGUUUCCCAUUGUCGACGUGGUUCUAAGAUGAAGAAAACGACCUUAUGUAUGUAUCUACAUGGCGGUUUAGUUAUUCGACCGACGAACUUAGCUUUUUUGGGGGAAUCCUGUUUUGAAACGCCACUUUGCUUUACGUCGGCCGAUGAGUCAGUCGAUGACAACGCGCGCGACGACGACAGUCGGUCGACCCCUUGGGCGGUUGGAUUGGGCCGCCACUUUGAUCGACGUUUGGGUUGGGCGUGUACGUGGCCGACCGAACAAGGUCACAUCCAGACAUCCUCACUCACACGUGGCUUUACAGUUUACUGUGACAUAGAUAUGAGCCCAGGCGAAUAAACUUUGGGCUUGUGAAGAGACAAUUGUGAGGGAUAUUCAGGCUUAUGCAUAUUUAUGGGCCUGUGACAUAAGGUUAGGUUUGGUUGUGAGCCCAGGCUACGAUACGGGCUCAGAACCGAACGGGUCUGUUAUUCAAGUUUUGGCCACCCCAUGCACACCAGCAGUGCACCACUAUAUAUACAACAAGUAGUCUCGGAAAAUGGAUGGAGUCGGUCGGGGGAGUAUUGAAACCGAAAGAGUUUUAGAAAGGGAAGAUAUAUAGAGAGAAAGUAUGCAAGGCAAACGAAGGGAGAUGGCGGCUUCUUCUGUGUUGCUGGUGCUUCUGCUGCUCACGGGUGAUGUUGUUGCGAAGAGCAGGUUCAACAGAUGUUACGAUCAGUGCAUGGCCGGCUGUACCUCAGGAGGCGAAGAUUGUGAGUAUGUAUGUUAUUUCAAGUGUAUCAAAUCACCAGCUCAAGGUCAUUCCAAACCACAAACUCCACGGACCAAUGAGUUGGAGACUCAUCUUCAUCAUCACUAGCUCAUUGUUUGUGAUUGUAUUUUUGUUUCAACCUGGUCCAAGGACCGUCAUAAUAAUAAUAAUAUAAUGAAAUUAUGAUUCAAAUUAUCAUACGGAUUCGAUCUCUUGGUUCAUCCAACUACAUCCAUUCACUCAUUCUUUUGGAGAACUAUCGAAUCUUCCAACAACUUGAAUCAUCGUAGACAUAUCUUCAAGGCACGAUCUAUGAAUUCUAUCAUCAUGUAUACUAGUGGUUAAAUACUCAGAGAGGAUGCUCUAGAUCGCAAUGUGGUUGUUGUCAAAUGGGUUGCCAAAUCAAGAAUAUUGUUAAGU